GCCGCGUGCCCUCCCGCCUGGCGGCGCCCGAGAGCCAGGGGCCCAUGAGUGGGGUUCUGGGCGCGGGCGCCUCUCGGGAGGGGCCGUGGUCAGCACCUGCGCGCCGCGGACGCGCGUGGCCGUGGGGCGUGAGCUGGGGCCCUUCCGGGAGUUUAGCAAACGACAGCAUGAGCUGGUCACCAUCCCUGCCCACGCAGACAUGUGGGGCCUGGGAAAUGAAGGAGCGGCUGGGGACCGGGGGUUUUGGAAACGUCAUCCGCUGGCAUAACCAGGAAACAGGUGAGCAGAUCGCCAUCAAGCAGUGCCGGCAGGAACUCAGCCCACGAAACCGGGAGCGCUGGUGCCUGGAAAUCCAGAUCAUGAGAAGGUUGAACCACCCCAAUGUGGUGGCCGCCCGGGAUGUCCCAGAGGGGAUGCAGAACCUGGCACCCAACGACUUGCCCCUGCUGGCCAUGGAGUACUGCCAAGGAGGAGACCUCCGGAAGUACCUGAACCAGUUUGAGAACUGCUGUGGCCUGCGGGAAGGAGCCAUCCUCACCCUGCUGAGUGACAUCGCAUCUGCACUUAGAUACCUUCACGAAAACAGAAUCAUCCAUCGGGAUCUAAAACCAGAAAACAUCGUUCUGCAGCAAGGAGAGCAAAGAUUAAUACACAAAAUUAUUGACCUAGGAUAUGCCAAGGAACUGGAUCAGGGCAGUCUUUGUACUUCAUUUGUGGGGACCCUGCAGUACCUGGCCCCUGAGCUACUGGAGCAGCAGAAGUACACAGUGACAGUGGACUACUGGAGCUUCGGCACCCUGGCCUUCGAGUGCAUCACUGGCUUCCGGCCUUUCCUCCCCAACUGGCAGCCAGUGCAGUGGCAUUCAAAAGUCCGGCAGAAGAGUGAGGUGGACAUCGUUGUUAGUGAAGACUUGAAUGGAGCAGUGAAGUUCUCAAGCUCUUUACCUUACCCCAACAAUCUAAACAGUGUGCUGGCAGAGCAACUGGAGAAGUGGUUGCAGCUGAUGCUUAUGUGGCACCCACGGCAGAGGGGCACGGACCCCCAGUAUGGGCCCAAUGGCUGCUUCCGGGCACUGGAUGACAUCUUAAACCUAAAGCUGGUUCAUAUCUUGAACAUGGUCACAGGCACCAUUCACACCUAUCCAGUGACAGAAGACGAGAGUCUGCAGAGCUUGAAGGCCAGAAUCCAGGAGGACACAGGGAUCCCAGAGAAUGACCAGGAGCUGCUACAGGAGGCAGGCCUGGCCUUGAUCCCUGACAAGCCUGCCACUCAGUGUAUUUCUGAUGGCAAGCCAAAUGAGGGCCGCACUUUGGACAUGGAUCUUGUGUUCCUCUUUGACAACAGUAAAGUCACCUAUGAAACUCAGAUCUCCCCACGACCCCAACCUGAAAGUGUCAGUUGCAUCCUUCAGGAGCCCAAGAGGAAUCUCCCUUUCUUCCAGCUGAGGAAAGUGUGGGGCCAGGUUUGGCACAGCGUCCAGACCCUGAAGGAGGACUGCAACCGGCUGCAGCAGGGACAGCGAGCUGCCAUGAUGAAUCUCCUCCGGAAUAACAGCUGCCUCUCCAAAAUGAAGAAUGCGAUGGCCUCCAUGUCUCAGCAGCUCAAGGCCAAGUUGGAUUUCUUUAAAACCAGCAUCCAGAUCGACCUGGAGAAGUACAGUGAGCAGACGGAGUUUGGGAUCACAUCUGAUAAACUGCUGCUGGCCUGGAAGGAGAUGGAACAGAAAGUGGAGCUGUGUGGGCGGGAGAACGAAGUGAAGUGUCUGGUGGAGCGGAUGAUGGCCCUGCAGACUGAUAUUGUGGACUUGCAGAGGAGCCCAAUGGGGCGAAAGCAGGGCGGCACACUGGAUGACCUAGAGGAGCAAGCAAGAGAGCUCUACAGGAGAUUAAGGGAAAAGCCAAGAGACCAGAGAACAGAUGGUGACAGUCAGGAAAUGGUGCGGUUACUACUUCAGGCCAUUCAAGGCUUUGAGAAGAAAGUGCGAGUGAUUUACACACAGCUGAGUAAAACUGUGGUUUGUAAGCAGAAGGCCCUGGAGUUGCUGCCCAAGGUGGAAGAGGUGGUGAGUCUGAUGAACGAGGAUGAGAAGACAGUGGUCCAGCUCCAGGAGAAGCGACAAAAGGAGCUCUGGAACCUCCUGAAGAUCGCCUGUAGCAAGGUCCGUGGCCCUGUCAGUGGAAGCCCAGAUAGCAUGAACAUGUCUCGGCUCAGCCACUCUGGUCAGCUGCUGUCCCAGCCUUCCACUGCCUCUGACAGUAGCCCUGAGCCAGCCAAGAAAAGUAAUGCUCAUGACUGGAUUUUGGCUUCUCAGAAGUACUUAAUCAGUGAGGAGCUUGUGGCCGAAGCGCACUCCCUGUGCUCCCAGCUGGAGAGCACCAUGCAGGACACCAUGAAGGAGAAGGACCAGAGCCUCAUGACUCUGGACUGGAGCUGGUUACACACAGAGGACGAGGAACAGAUUGCCCUGGAGCAGGCCUUGUGAGCGAGGCUUCCACACCAGGUCCGUGGCUCUCCCACGGUGGCUGCUGUUGCAGCAACGUCCCAGCACUCUAGCAGCUGGAUGGAGGUCUGUCAUCCUUGCAGCUGCAACGUUCGCCAUGGCCCAGAGCGUGACAUCUCUGCAGGCAAUGCUGGUGCCCUGCGUGCACACUGGAAGUCUGCUGUGGCCCCGUGUGAUCAGGGAAACAGAGCCCCACAGCUGCCUUCUCUGCUGUGAAUAAAGACCUCCGAUGUGGUUUGCCACAGAGACUGCCAGACAGAAGUCUGCCUUGAAUGUUUCGGGACAGCUGAGAUGACAGCUGGUGCCAGCUUGUCCUCACCUGUCCUCUCCUUAACUCUAGAGAGGCCUUCACCUGUCGCCUCACUCGUCUUUUAGCCAUCUGGAUUCAGCUUCUGUUCAACAGAUGUUUUAAUCAUAGGCCUGACCUGGCCACAUCCUUUCUUCCACUCUUUACUUAACUACUGCUAAAGUUUUAUUUUUAUCUACUACGUUGGUGGUCAUCCCCUUCGGCAGGGUUGUACAGUGAUGCCAAGCUUGCUGCUGUCUGCGUCCAUUCGCCAGACUGACUCACUGGAGCCAGCCAUUUGCCUGGGCGUCACUGCCACACAGAAGGGAAGAAGCAAAGUGCCUGUCAGCCACCAGCCUGCUGCCACUGCCCACCUCUGCCUAGGCAAACACCUCUAUGCGCGCCUGCGGUGGGACAGGUGUUUCUGCCUUUCAUGUCAUCCAGAAGUUUUAUUAAAUUGGCUGUUUUUACAAGUAGUUUCUAUAUUUUUUUAAGAGGACUCAAGUGUUACUUACACAGGAUGCUGCAGUCCACUUUUAUAACUGUGGUUAGGGCUUCUGAACUUACAGUUCAUCAAAAUGAGACAUUCUGUAAAAUUCAACAGUACCUGAAUCAGUCACAAUGCAGUCACAUUACUUCCUCCAUACUUCACAAAACUUUUUAAAAUAUAUGGACAGAGUAAGAAAGCAAAACUAGUGGACGUAAUCACAGAUAGGUAACAUAUGCUUAGAGAAGAAAGUUGGAAAGUGGCUUCCAUGGAGAUAGCAUGAAGCAGUCCCUGGUGAAGUAAGUUUAGAAAAUGCCGCCUACAUCCAUGCUUGGAGAAUCAUACUGGUAACCUGUCUGAAAAGGCUUAUAAUAAAAUGGCUUAAUUUAUGUAA